GCUUGGUGGUGUCUCUUGAGCGCAGUUUGAAGAUUCAUCUUGAGAAGGUAGCAGUACAUUUACCGCUCAAAGUGAGUCCGGGGCCUAAGGCGUGGGCUUGGAGUCCUGACUCAAAAGAUACCUCCUUGUUUUUACCCGGCCGAACGUCGUUCCGCAAGGGCUCGGCAAGAUGAGUGACAGGAGUCGACUAACGGGAAAGAUUGGAGAUGAAACUUUGAUUGAGAUGAGCCAGAACUCCCUAUGUGAUGGGGACAACAACGGCUUCCCGCACGAUACUGACGACUAUCCCCAGCCUGACCCUUCAGAGUCUCCCACUCCUUACAUCAACCCUCCUGAUCAUGGCUCCUGUGAGUCUCUGGGUCCUGGGGUCCAGGGUCAUGGUACCUGUGAUUCUCUGGGUCCUGGGGUCCAGGGUCAUGGUUCCUGUGAUUCCCUCCGCUCCAGUUUGCCCUCCAUCCACUCUCACCACUCAGGCUCUGACCACAGUGACAGCAGCCCUGAACGUGGACAGAUCCUUAGACGUUUGUCCACCGUGACUGGGCUGACUGGGAUGUGGAGAAAAAGGGCUCUGUUCCUGAAGCAUCGCUCCAGGGUUGACAAGCAUCAGCAGAGUAAAGACUCGGUGUUCUUCCGUGAUGGAAAGAGGAGGAUUGACUUCAUCCUGUCCUAUGUGGAUGACCGAGACGGAGAGAGGAAGCAGGAGAGGCGGAAGGAGUACGAAGCUAACCUACAGAAGGCAGGUCUGGAGCUGGAGACAGAGGAUCAAUCGGAGUCAGAUGAUGGUAAGACAUACUAUGUGAAGAUCCACACUCCAUGGGAUGUGCUAGCCACCUAUGCCGAUGUCCUCAAGAUCAAGGUUCCCUUCAAGGCCAACGACAUCCCCGCCCACAAGGACAUUCCCAUGAACUGGCUGUUCACGCCCUUCCGUCUACCGAACCACAUUAUGAAUCCUGAACCAGACUACUUCACCUCACCCUUCAACAAGGAAAAGAUCGACUUCUUCCUUAUCGAUGACAAGGAGACCUUCUUCCCUCCCUCUGUCCGCAACAGGAUAGUGUACUAUAUCCUGGCCCGCUGUGCGUACUACAAGGAGGACAGUGAUGACAAGAACAAGAAGGGCAUCAAGCGCCUGCUCAACAACGGAACCUACGGGGCUGCCUUCCCACUACAUGAUUCUCGCUACUGGAAGGCAUCCAGAGACCCCAACAGUGAGAGUGAGAGAUUCAGCCUCUACAAACACUGGGCCCGGUUCUUCAGUUUCUUCAAAGAGCAGCCUCUCAAUUUGAUACGGAAGUAUUACGGGGAGAAGAUUGGGAUCUACUUUGCCUGGCUGGGUUUCUACACUGAGAUGCUGUUCUUCGCUGCGGUAGUCGGCCUGAUCUGCUUUCUCUAUGGAUUGUUCACCUUCGAUGACAACGUCUGGAGUAAAGAAAUCUGUAGUGAGGAGAUUGGAGGCAACAUUAUCAUGUGUCCGCUGUGUGAUAAGACGUGUGGCUACUGGAAGCUCAACUCAACGUGUAACUCGUCCUGGCAAUCGCAUAUGUUUGACAAUGUGGGGACAGUUUUCUUUGCCAUAUUCAUGGGGAUUUGGGUGACUCUGUUUCUGGAGUUCUGGAAGCGUCGGCAGGCCCGGCUGGAGUACGAGUGGGACCUGGUGGACUUUGAGGAAGAGCAGCAGCAGCUUCAACUACGACCAGAGUACGAGAUCAAGUGUACCAGCCGCAGACUCAACCGCGUUACACAGGAGGAGGAGUGGGUCCUUGACAGGACGGCAGCUGAUCUAGUGGGCAAAGUGCUCCUGUGUUGGGCCACCGUGGUGUUGUGGAUCUCCCUGAUCAUAGCGUGUAUCAUCGGGGUGAUAGCCUACCGUUUGGCGGUGUACGCUGCGUUCGCUAGCAUCAUGAAGGACAGCCCCACCAAUAACAUCCACAUGGUGGGCUCCCUCAUCACCCCGCAGCUCGCCACCUCCGUUACCGCUUCCUGCAUCAACUUCGUCAUCAUCAUGAUCCUCAACGUGAUGUAUGAGAGAGUAGCCAUCUGGAUCACUGACAUGGAGAUCCCCAAAACACACCUGGAGUACGAGAACAAGCUGACAGUGAAGAUGUUUUUGUUCCAGUUCGUCAACUACUACUCUUCCUGUUUCUACGUGGCCUUCUUCAAGGGGAAGUUCGUCGGCCGUCCCGGAGACUACAUCUAUAUGUUCGGCUGGAGCAAGCUGAGGAACGAGGAGUGUGACCCUGGUGGCUGUCUCAUUGAGCUGACCACUCAGCUGGUCAUAGUGAUGGCAGGCAAGCAGGUGUGGGGUAACAUCCAGGAAGCUCUGGUUCCGUGGCUGCUGAACUGGUGGGGGAGCCGUAAAGCCCGUAGCCACCCUGAGAGCCUGUACAGCCGCUGGGAGCAGGACCAUGACCUGCAGAACUUUAGCCAUCUGGGUCUUUUCUAUGAGUACCUGGAGAUGGUGAUCCAGUUUGGUUUCAUCACUCUGUUCGUGGCCUCCUUCCCUCUGGCCCCCCUGCUGGCGCUGUUGAACAACAUUAUAGAAGUUAGAGUGGACGCCUGGAAGUUCACCACCCAGUUCCGCCGGCCCGUAGCGGCCAAAGCCCACAGCAUCGGAGCCUGGCAGGAAAUACUGAACGGAGUUGCCGUUUUCUCAGUCGUCACCAACGCGUUCAUCGUAGCCUUCACAUCAGACAUGAUUCCCCGGCUGGUGUACAUGUAUGCCUACAGCCCUGACAACGAUCUCUCUAUGAAGGGCUACAUCAACAAUAGUCUGUCAGUGUUCAACAUCUCUGGCUUCUCUGAGGACAACCGGCCUGAUGACGGAGAGAGCCCUGAAUGGUUCAACAGCUCUGUCAUCACCACCUGCAGGUACCGUGACUACCGCUACCCUCCAGGCCAUGAGAAGCAGUACACUCACACCAUGCAGUUCUGGCACAUCCUGGCUGCCAAGCUGGCCUUCAUCAUUAUCAUGGAGCACGUGGUGUUCAUGGUGAAGUUCUUUGUGGCAUGGAUGAUUCCUGACGUUCCCGCGGAGGUGAAGGCCAGGGUCAAACGGGAACGCUACCUCAUCCAGGAGUACCUGCAUAACUACGAGGUGGAGAAUCUGAAGAUCCAGCUAAGCCACAGGAACGAUGACUGCUCCUCCAACCCCGUGGACUACCCCGACAUAACCCGGCGCGAAGUGCUAUCCGAGUGUCUCUAGCACCCGUCCUCGCCCUCCGCCCACUCGUUUGAUUUUGGCUCGUGUUCAUUAGGGCACACGACGGAAAACUUUUUAAAACGUUUUUCAACGGGAAAUUUAUAAUUAGCGUUUUUGUUAUCGGACAUGUCCGAGAUAGGACAAUUCCCAGUUUUGAGUCUGUUUUGUUCCGUUUGGUGCCUCAUGAACAAGACCCUGUUCAGAUUGGGCUGGGGCCUGGGCUGGUCUUAAGGAGAUUCUCUAUAAACUACCCUGAACGGUGGGAGAUCUGUCAGGGCUCUGUCUGCUGGUGGGGUAUAGAGGGAAAACCUCACAGAAAUAGCGCUUUGAUUACCUCUGUUGGUAGAAAGGUGCUGUAUAAAUCACAUUCAUCAUCAUCAUCAUCAUCAUCAUCAUUAAAUACAAGACGAUACUACAUUUAGUGUGACAUGUUUAAAGCAGUGCCAGAUCUGUCCAUGUGUGGUCUAUGGGAUUUCAGAUCUCAUCUUCAAUCAACCACCAUUCACUUCCAUCCACACUAACAUACUAAGGCUGCGUUUACACAGGCAGCUCAAUUCUGAUCUCCUUCUUUUUUUUACUUUUUUUUUUACACUAAUUGGUGUUUUGACCAAUCACAUCAGAUCUUAUCACAUAAGAUUUUUUUUUCAGAACUGAUCUAAUUGGUCAGAAGACCAAUUAGUGGAAGAGAGAAAAAAAAGAUCAGAAUUGUGUUGCCUGUGUAAAUGCAGCCUACUAGAUGCAGACUACAGCAAUAGAGUCCUUCUGACUGACAACAUGGGGGAAGCAGGGAGCUGGGAAACAUGACUGCUUGCAUGGCAACGGUGUUGGGGCGGUAAAGCGUUACAAAAUAAUGCGCUAGAGUACUCAGAAUCAUUUUCUUGUGGUAACGAGUAAACUAACGCGUUCGUUUUUUAAAUGUAAGUAGUCCGUUACUUAGUUACUUUUUCAAAUAAGUAAUUUUACAAUAUUAUUUCUCCUUUUCUUUGUUAGCUGGUAGUUAGCUAGCGAGAUGGCAAAGACAACAGCCUUUAUUGUGGAAGUAUUUACAUUCGUUUGAACUGGUAGAAGAAAAUGACAGAUGGGUUACCCCUCGAAUCUUGACUGAAGGCGCUUUGCGGGAUUCACACGCCUCCAGGAUAUUUCUCAUUUAUUGUCUUGUAAUAAAAACAAACCGCGUAGCAAGGUGAUCAAGUUAGGUUCAGUAGAUAAGAGUGGACAUUUAUCCUGCUCCGUCUUCACCAUUAAUUAUACAGGAAAUGGCACUAGAAUUACACAAUGGGAUCGUAUAGUUUAAUAAAUAUCCAGUUCGUUUCUGUGUGUAAUAACAGAUUGGUAGCCUGAGCUGACCUACUGAGACCAGUUGGUUUUAUAUAGGUAUUUACUGAUGUGUAAUUGUAAAUGAGAUAUUGCGUCUUGUCAAUAUUACUUGAGUUAGGCUACGGACAUUAGGCUAUGCAAGCCAUUCAAAGGUGGUGUGCGCCCUCUACUGGGCAUAAGAAGGAAUGACCAACACGUACUCGUUCUCUUCAGAGGGUUGUUUUUGGAAACGCAAAAGUUACUUUCCGUUCUUUUAAUGCAAGUAACGUUAUAACGUAACUCAUUUCUUUAAAAAGUAACAUUCCCUGUAAAUCGUUAUGUCCAUUUCAUAUUCAUAUCUCAUCUCCCUUAUAAGUUUACUCUCUAUUAAAUGAUUGUACUCUGAAGAAGUGAUGAGACUUUGCUGGUCAUUCACAAUCACAAUGCUGUACAAACAUUGUGUUAACGCCAGGCAGCUUUAGCUAGCUCUCAGCCUAUCACACCAAUGCAAUCACUGUGUUCAUUUUGAUACUAUAAGCAACCAAAGACAAAAUGCCUUAAUAUUUUUUACAAAUUAAUUGUUAAAUGAGUAAAGAGGCUACAGUUUGUUAAAUUUUGAAGUAAUAUCAGUUGAACUUUUAAACGUAUUUACUAAUCUUCUGCAACUAGCCAACUUAGCGUCUGUCCAAGGUCCAAGUAUCAGACGAUGUGGGAAAAGUAUUACUUUUUUCACAUAUCAUCUGAUACUUGGCCUCAGCAAUCAUUUCCUUAUUUCAGAAGUCAGGAUUUGGGCAGGAGAGGAGAGUGGGCAGUAGCAGCUGGUGUUUACUGUUGACUGUGUGUGUUCUGUUCUUUAAAGAUGAGAGAGAGAGGGAGAGAGAGAGAGAGAGAUAGAUGAAAGAGAGGAGAUCAAUCCCUUUUUAAUGUGCCUUUGUUUACCCACUCAUUAUCACUAAUAAAAGCUUAGCUUGUCCUCACCUACUGGGGCUAGUCAUGUCCCUCAUACCACCAUACCUCUCUCGCUCUCUCUCUCCUUCCAUCCAAAACACAUUGCUCUCUCUCUCGCUAUGUCUCUCUCGCUCUCUCUGUCUGUCUCUCUCUCUUUCUCCUUCCAUCCAAAACACAUCGCUCUCACUCUGUCUGUCUCUCUCACUCUAUCCAUCCAAAACACAUCACUAUCUGUCUCUCUCACUCUCUCUGUCUGUCUCUCACUCUAUCCUUCCAUCCAAAACACAUCACUCUCUGUCUCGCUCUGUCUCUCUCACUCUCUCUGUCUGUCUGUCUGUCUCUCUCACUCUAUCCAUCCAUCCAAAACACAGCAUUUAGCCUUUCAUCAUGACUGGUUAUAUUUUCUGGUUUUAUGUUCGUGAUGAAAAAGAAAGAUGAACAUUAUUUUAUAGUUUUUUUUUUGUUGUUGCACAAAGCACUUAAAUAAAUGACACUAGCUGAUUGCUGGUCUGUUUCUGCUGUUUGACUCGAAUGCAGUUGACGAGACAGUACAAACAGAUUAUUCCCGGUGAACGCUGCAUACCGUAUGUUCGGCUCAAAUUACUUUCACAUUUCAGUUGCACUAAAUACCACAGAUCUCCAGUGCUACAGAUUGAAUCGAGCCCUUUAAUGUUUAUCUCCAAGGAACAACCUAUUGUGCUGCAGAUGUUGAAGAGAUAUAAUUCAAUGAAAUAUAUUUCAAAAUGGAUCCCACCUUUUUAAUCGCACAUAAUUAUAUAUGUUUGGACUUGAAUCUAGAGUCUAAAAAGAAGGAGAAUUAAGAAAACCGGUUGAAGCAUGUACAAUCAGUGAAUAAAUUGUGAAAUGUAUAAGCUUUCGUCUUUUAGUAUUUUUUUAAAGUUUUUUUUAUUGAAUGAAGGAUACGUUUCCAAAGGUAUAAAUGUACUACCUAUGUAAGGUAAUAUCAACUUAAGAAGUGAUUGUUUUCUUUAUGAUAGCUGGCUAUACCUCGAUCUCAGGCUGAACAUCCUAAUAUAGAAUGUUUGGUACGAAAAAGAAAACCCGAAUGUGUUCACAAUAUCAAGUGACAUGUAAAACACCAAUAGCCCACAUUUGACUGAUCAAGUGUUCUUUCCAACGCUGUGGGCUCUAUGAAACUAAUGCUUGUUCGUGCCUCAAAAUAUCACCUAUAGACCUAUAGACUUUUUUGUGUGUCCUAAAAGUAUCUCUUUUAUUCAUUUCUUAUGUUUUUCCCUCUUGAAUAUCUGUUUUCGUCCUUUUCUGUAUGUUUUAUUGGUAAUGUAUUUUAUUGCAUAAAUCUGUAAAAAUAUAUAUAUAUAUAUCAAUAUUAUUUUUUAAUAUAUAUAUAUAUAUAUAUAUAUUUAAAAUAAUAUUGAUGUUGGAUCUUGAUUUCGAAAAAUUGGGUGUUUUUAAUUUGUUUGGCUUUUUCUAUCAUUUUAAUUGUGAUACACUGCUCAUGUAUGCUCGAUAGUUUUCACUGUUGGACUGUAUUAUGCCUGAAUUGUAAAGUGAAUAAAUUGCCAAACAAUUACCAAUA